UCUCAUCAUUUCCUGCACUCUCUCUCCUCCCUCUUAUCCAUCCAAAAACACUGUGACAGAAAGAGCAUCGCGCAACCAGAACGCACUCCACUGAACACGCAAACUCACAGAAUGGAUAUGUGAAAAAAGUUACCGAAGCAACAAUUACACAGACAAGGGUUUACAGCGUACAAAUGGGAUAUUUGUAACACAGCUGUAAAAAUGGGAUAUAACUACACAAAAAAGGCCCCGUCUGGUGGUCCAAAGAAGUUGUACUCGGAACCGUCAUAUCCUGCCGGAGAUAGGAGUCUGGGGCGAGGAGCCUACCCCUGUGCAGGACAGGACUCAACUGGUGGUGGUUGGGUGGUGGAGGUUGCCGUGUUAGCACACUGAAACAGCACUGUGAUAGCUUGUGAGCAGACUUAUAAACCAAUGGCUUACAUGUGAUUGGCUAGGAAUUACCCAGCUAAUGGUGCGAUGAUGUACAGCUGCUAGUCUUCCCACUAGAAUUACGCUGUGCUUACAUAUAUGGAAAUGUAUGGAAUUCAUGUGUUUGUUCUUAGUACUCUUUUUAAUCUGGUGCUAAAAAACAAAAACAAAGCUCCUGUGAACAUGUAGGGGAAUUUUGUGAUAUUAACUUAUGCUUACUAACUUAUUAACCAACAUAAACAAGGUAUCUGGUCCACUUUGUGGUUACUGCUGCUGAGCUUUGUUAUACAGAGGCCAUAUUGAGAAUGCAUUAUGUUUUGAUUGGUCAACACUGACUGCUUGAUUAGAAAAAGGGCUGUUUGGCUUUGAGUUAGUCCAUUUCUAGAAAACAUAUUCAACCACAUAUUUUGGUGUCAUGAUUAUCAUAACAGGCAUCUUCUGACAUAGGAUAUGUUUAGUCUGGGCCUUGGUGUCUGCAGUGUUCUUGACAGGGUCUGCUCAAGUUCAGGAUACAAGGUUAAAUAGAGAGUAACAUGACAAGCUGAGAUUUGACCUCAGUGAAGAUGACUCAAAUCUCUUUGAUCAUCAAUCUGCUCCAUACAAAAUAGUUCUUAAGUGGAGGUUCAGCAAGUUUAUUGUAUAUUUAUAAAAUUACAAACAUGGAAAUAGUUAUUUUAUCAAUUACAAGUCUCUCAGGUGUUUACAAGUAAAAUAAAUAAUAAAAAUGAACACAUUUAAUACUGUUCUUACAGUGUCCUUUUACAAUUCUGACGAUAUUCAGACUGAUCCAACAUUUAGUUUAGCUUUUCCUCUUGUGUGCAUUGCAUUAUCUUUCUCUCAAUAAAACAUGAGGUGAAUGAUUGUUUUGGGAAACUAAUGGAGGGAUGAUCUGAGCCCCAACUAUCCCAAAACUAAGCAAUUUAACACAGAUUCCCAUGUCAUGUUCCAACACCAGAAACCACAUCUGUGCCUGCUUUUGCUACAAUUUGUAAGGGUUCCAGCUAAUGUUAUAAGCAUUUUGUCAUUAUUCAGCUUGACCUGGAAAUUUAUCAGCCUGUUUCCUUAAGUUCUGAAGGUUGCUUACUGUAUUUACGAACAUUUGAUCUAACAGAGACUGCAUUUUUUUUUCUGACUGACUCAGACAUCUUAGUCAUGAUUUAAUUGUUUGGAUUUAAAUAUAGACUAUAUAUAAAUAAUUUUUUUGUUAGCAUGUAAUGUAUAUAAAAAGUAAUUCUAAACCAGAUACAUUUAUAAAGUGAUACAUUUGUUUCAAUAUUGAGAGUUUUGUUUGACAGCUUUUUGCUUCAUGUCUGCUUAAUAUGCACUCAACAACUGUUGUUAUAAAAUGUCACAAACCUCCAUACAAAGUUAAUGCAAUCUUGAGUGUGAAAGUACCCUUGUUUAUGCUUUUGCAGCUAUAUAAACACCCAUCAGCAUCUGUUGCUGACCACUCUGUGUUGCAUUAGAAUGAGUGCAGACUGAGAGUCAAGUGGCAUGUUCUUGUUCAGCAUUCACUCCAAUCUCAUCCACACUUUCAAAUGAUCUUUGUCAGUUUAUUCUUUAACUUGUGCUUCACAUACAUGUGAUUGCAUGCCACAGUUUAGACAGCUGUUUGCAAUGUGUUAUGCUUGUUCUCUGCUCCUGAGAACUGAAGAUGUCUGGAGCAUAUGGCUUCUGGUAAAUCACAGAUAGCUCCACUCAGUGGAUGAGUAUGCCAAGCCAAAUUGACUUUUAAUCAUGUGCAGGAUAUGAAUUAUUAAUAUCUGUAAUUCAAAUUCCACUAGUUAAAAUGGCAAAUUAUUGAUAUCAGCAAUGGAAUUACUACUACAAAAAAAUGCUAAUUUUAAGGUCAUUGUGUUUGCACAUGUAACAAUGUUCAUUCUUGAUACAAACAAUUAUGCCAUCACUCACAGAAAUACACAUUCUUGAUAAAAAUGUAAAGAUAAAAACUAUUAAAAACACAGUUAUUGAUAUCUGUAAAUGCAUUUUCACUAGUAGAAUUCAAAAUUGAUUUAACAUUGACUUCUUUUCAAAACACAAUUUCAGAUAUCUAUAAUUAAUUUCUAACUAGUUGAAAUUCCAAUUUCACAUAUCAGCUAUGCACUUCAUCUUAUUAAAAAUUACACUUUUUAUAUCAAUAAUUGCAUUGUUACUAGUGCACAUGUCUAUUCUUGAUAUUAAUUAUUGAACUGCAACUAAUGAAAAUGUUAAUUUCAGAUUUCUGUAAUAUGAUUGUAACUAGAAGGAAAGCCUUUUAAGAUACUUUUAAUACUUUUAAUUACUCUUCAAUUUACUGAUAUAUGAAAUCCUUUAUCUGAAAUACCAAAUGCAACACGUUGAAAUACACUAACAGGCAUCAAAAUUGAGCAUUUUCACUAGUUGUAACUCAAUUGUUGAUAUCAGGAAUGGAUAUUUGUAAUAAUAACAAUGUAAUUACUGAUAUAAAAACUUUAAUUUUGAGUAGUACACUCAAAAAAUAUUUUAGCCUAUUUCUAAAAUGGACUCAUUUAAAUUUAAUGAAAAAAAAAAUCCAUCAAAUUGAACAGUGUAAUUUGUACAAAAUGUAAAUGACUAAAACAGAAUAUUAGUUUUAUUAAUAGUUUUUUGUAUUAUUUUAUUUCAUGAAAGAUUACUCAGUUCAGUUUAACGAAAUUUUGUUAUAAAAUUAAAAUGCUAAGAUCUUAACAUUGUUGUUUUGAGCGUAAGAUGCACAUAGUUUAAAUGUGCAUUUGAAAUGUAAACUUGUAAGAAAUUAAUUAUAGAUCGCUGUCAUUGUGUUUUGAACAAGAGUGAAUGAAAUAUCAUUGUGAAAUUGUACUGGUGAAAGUGCAAUUACAGAUUUCAAUCAUUAUUAUUUAAAUCGUUUUCUUUCCAUUUUUGUUGUAUUUCUGUGAGUGAUGUUGACGUAAUUUUUUAAUAAACAAGAAUAAACCUUUUUACUAGUUUGUGAUGCAAAAAGGCUCGCUCUUAAGAAACUAUGCAGACAACAAGACUCUUGCAUUAGCUGAAAUUGCUCUAAAUAAGUAAUUCAUAAAAUGUUAGAUCCCAUUAAAACAUUGCAACAAGAACGCAAAUAAGUCUCCCAGCGUUACCUUUAAUUUGACAUCGCAGCAUAGCGUAUAGAGUUCAGAUCCAUGUGGCACUCCUUGUGAGGGCAGGUUUCAUGUGGGAGCGCGAGAACGUGGAGGGGCGAGUGGCGGCAAAACAAUCCCUCUCCAUGGAAACUAGCUCAGCCUUCUGCCAGAGAGAGUUCUCAAGGAGGGAGGGAUUUACCCCGCGUGAACGAACAUGCUUGGAAGUGUAGGGAAAUGUUCCAGGUAUUACCGGCAAAUCGAUGAGUUUUACCAUCGCUACGCGUGUUUAUGAGCAAAUAAAUAAAAUGGCACGGACAGCGGGAUGUUUCGCUCAGGUGAAGUGGUCGUCAGAGGGAGAUGACUGCCAACAAGAGCUCCAAGGCUGCGGCGAGAGCAGAUGGGGCUAAAGGCCCUCAGGAAAACUCAGACAGGUGUCAUUCUGCUGCCCAACUUCCAAUUCUUUCUACUGGAAAAGAGUCAUGUUCUUCUCACCUCAGUGGUAGUGAGGACGCCAGUCAGCAGGGUAGGUACGCUAAAGCUGACCCUAAAAUCUGGACCCAAAGGAACUGGAGCUGUAAGACCGCAAGUCUGCGAAGUGGCUCUUCGCUAUCCACUGACUUUGAAUCCCAAAUCAGGCUCACCAAAUCUAGCAGCAUUGCCUGUCUGGACAAGAGCCUCACCAUCAAUAAACUAUCAAGUGGAGAUAACCAGGAGCAGAAGGAGAACCUGCUAGAGCCGACCCCCACUGUGGGGGAUGGACUAAAUACUGAUCCUCUUGGUGUGAGUAAAUUUUCCAUUGGACCUACCACUAACCUUGGGCAAAAGCGGACACUUUCACUCAGCUGUUCUGGGACCUACACUUCAUCUGUCACAAUACGCAAAAAGAUCUCAGAAUGGGAGUGUCGGAAGGUGGCUCUGCCUAGGAUGAGCCUUUGCCUAGAGAAGAGGGCUGGAGGUGGGAGCGAGGGUUGUCCAAGCCUGCUGUCUUCACCUUGCAGCGAAAAGUCCUUUGACUUUAAGGGUGUAAGGAGAAUGAGCACAGCAUUUUCAGAGUGCUCCUACCCAAAGACUGAGGAAGAGUGUGCAUCAGAUAAAGAAACUCCUAUAAGAUUCCAGAAGAGGCCUUCAAAGGCUGAGUCCUCAGGGAUUUUCCUGAACACUUUCUCUGCACGCAAGGAGACCUCAGCCGUGCUUAACCGGAUACAAAAGAUUGAACAGGCCUUGAAGGAAAGUCCCUCUCAGUCUCCACCACAGUAUCUUAGCAAUUGCUAUGGCCUUGAUAAGUCCAGACAAAAGUCUUUCACUAUAGGUGGGACUGAGGACUUGGACAGCACUUGUGGCAGCAAGCGGAGCAGCAUCUGCUCUGUUGCCACUGAGCCUGAAGCUUCUCCAGGGCCUGACAGACUCUCUAAGCUCAUGCAGAGGUUCAGUAUCAGUUCUACCAGAUCUGAGAGCCCAGAGCUCCCUUCUGCACAGGACUCUCCUGGAAGCACAGUGAACCCUUUGCCCAAGCCCAAACGAACUUUUGAGUAUGAUGCCAACCGGAACCGCAGGGGCUUGUUGACCUACAAUGGACCAUCUUCCACCACUGAAUCUCCCCCUCCACUUCCCUUCACCCCAGCUCCAGCUAUAAUGAGAAAUUCCAAAACAGAUGAUAGCUUGCCUAUGAAGACACAAGAUAGAGAAUCUUGUAAGUCAGAGGAUGCUGUGAGCCUGCCGUCUUCAUACCCAUCCUCACCCACAGAGAAUGGCACAGCUUCCACAGAGAACCACAGUCGGCCCAGCUCUAAGAGCACACUUGAGGAGAAUGCUUAUGAGGACAUAGUGGAGAAAGAGAAUCCAUAUGAAGAUGUAGAUCCAUUGAGGAGAUGUCUGGCCAGAAAUUCCCAGCUGUUACCCAAAGGGUCUCGGGACUCACUUAACAGGAUAUGGACCUCCCAGGACAGGAAGUCCAUUACACCUCCCCAGCUGCCAUCUAAACCGAGCAGUCAGUCUCUGAAGCUGCCAGGUCCUGCUAACAGGAAGAGCCAGCGCCCAUUCCGCCUCUCUAAGAGGCACAGCCAUGAUGACAUGCUGCUGCUACCCCAGCUGGGCAUGCCUUCCUCCUCUUGUGGCCUAUUAGAUGAUAGCCUGACCUCCGCCACUGAUACCUUGGCCUCCCACAGGCUGAAACGAGUCCCUAAGGUGGUGCAAAGAAUAAACUCAAUCUACUGUACAAAAAGAGGCAAGAAGAGAUUAAAGAAGCUUUCUCUUUUAAAUAUCGAAACAGCAUCUCUAAGAGAUGACAACAGCGAGAGCGAAAGUGACUCUGAUGACAGGUUCAAAGCCCACACUCAGAGGCUACAGAAGCUGCAAUCCAUGCUGCGAAGUGCACCCAGUUACAGGACACUGGAGCUGCAGUUGAUCGAGUGGCAGGAAAGGGAGCUGUUUGAGUACUUUGUGGUGGUCUCACUGAAGAAAAAACCCACCAAAAACUCUUACUCACCAGAAGUCACCUACCAGUUCCCCAAGUUGGAAAGACUCACCAAGCAGAUGAGAGAAGCUGAGCAGAGACUCAAAGCUAUCCCACAGUUCUGCUUUCCAGAUGCCAAAGACUGGAGCCCUGUUUCUGAAUACAACAGUGAGACCUUCUCUUUCAUGCUCACUGGAGAAGAUGGCAGUAGACGCUUUGGGUAUUGCAGGCGGCUUUUGCCAAGUGGGAAAGGGCCUCGCCUUCCUGAAGUGUAUUGUGUCAUCAGUCGACUGGGCUGUUUCAACCUGUUCUCCAAGAUUCUUGAUGAAGUGGAGAGGAGGAGAGGGAUCUCAGCUGCUCUGGUGUAUCCUUUCAUGAGGAGUGUGAUGGAAUCUCCUUUUCCAGCACCGGGCAAAACCAUAAAAGUCAAAACCUUCCUGCCUGGAGCAGGAAAUGAGGUGAUUGAGUUAAGGAGACCAAUGGACUCCAGACUAGAGCAUGUGGAUUUUGAAAGUCUGUUUAAGUGUCUGAGCAUACGACAGGUGGUACGUGUCUUUGCCUCCCUGUUGCUGGAACGCAGGGUCAUCUUUGUGGCAGACAAGCUCAGUACUCUUUCCAACUGUGUUCAUGCAGUGGUGGCUUUGCUCUACCCGUUCUCCUGGCAGCACACCUUCAUUCCUGUACUUCCCACGUCCAUGGUGGACAUUGUCUGUUGUCCCACGCCUUUCCUAGUAGGUAUUUUGUCCAGUUCGCUGCCCAAACUGAAGGAGCUACCAGUGGAGGAGGCUUUGAUGGUGGAUCUAGGCACAGACCGCUUCAUCCGACAGUUGGAUGACGAGGCCUCUUUAUUACCACGCAAGCUGCAAGCUGCUCUGGAGCAAGCUCUCGAACAGAGGAAUGACAUCAUCGAUCAAAACUCUGACAGCGAAUCGGAUGAAGAGGGCACAACCACUUUAAACAGUGUGGUAUCAGAGGCCUUCAUCCGCUUCUUCCUGGAGACCAUUGGCCACUAUUCGUUGUUCCUUACCCAGGGCGAUAGGGGAGAGCGCAUCUUCCAGCGCGAAGCCUUCCGUAAGUCGGUGGCUUCUAAAAGCAUCCGUCGCUUCCUGGGUGUCUUCAUGGAGUCCCAAAUGUUUGCUGGAUUCAUCCAGGACAGAGAGAUGAGGAAAUGCAGGGCCAAAGGUCUGUUUGAGCAGAGGGUGGAGCAGUAUCUGGAAGAGUUGCCGGACACUGAGCAGAGUGGAGUCAACAAAUUCCUGAAGGGUUUAGGAAAUAAAAUGAAGUUCCUUCAUAAAAAGAACUAAAAUUGUGAAACCAAAAGCUGUGGACAUUUACUACAAUUGCUAUAUCAUAAAACCUACAGUAACACAGUCAUAUAUGUUAAAGGAAUAGUUCACCAAAAAAAUGUAAUUCUCACAUGAUUUACUCACCCUCAUGCCAUCCCAGAUGUUUAUGUCUUUCUUCUGCAGAACACAAAACAAAGAUUUUUAGAAACAUAUCUCUGCUCUGUCAGUCUGUACAGUGCAAGUGAAUGGUGGCCAGAACUUUGAAGCUCCAAAAUGCAUAUAAAGGCAAUAUUCCCAACAACACCAGUGGUUAAAUACAUAUAUAUAUAGAAGUAAUUUGAUAGGUGUGGGUGAGAAACAGAUAUAUUUAAGUAUUUUUUUUUACAAAAAAUCUCCCCUUUCACAUUCUUUUUCUUUAGUUUUUGUCAGUUUGCAUUCUUUGUGCAGAUCGUCACCUACUAGACAGGGAAGAGAAUGUAUAGUAAAAAAAAAAAAAUAUUAAAUAUUGAUCUGUUUCUCACCACACCUAUUAUAUUGCUUUUGAAGACAUGGAUUUUAACAUUUGGAGUUGUUUGGAUUACUUUUAUGCUGCCUUUGCGUGCAUUUGGACUUUCAAAGUUCUGGCCACCAUUCACUUGCAUUGUAUGGACCUACAGAGCUGAGAUAUUCUUCUAAAAAUCUUAGUUUGUGUUCAGCAGAAUAAAUAAAUUCAUGCACAUCUGGGAUGGCAUGAGUGUGAGUAAAUGAUGAGAGAAUUUUCAUUUUUGAGUGAACUAUCCUUUAAAGAAAUGCCGGUUAUGUUGUCUCUGACGUUCAAAUUUGUUGUACAUAUUUAUGAAAGCUGUGCCAUUAAUUUCACAUGUAGUUCUGUUUUAGCUUCCCUGGUACCUUGUGUAUGACACUAGAGCAAUAAAAGGAUGGUACUGAGAGUAUGAAUGGUUAUGUUGCAGCAUAACCUCCACCAUAGAAGUAACUGUGUUGAGCUGGAUGAGAUGUACAGUAUAAAUGGAUACUUACUGCAUGAGAGGUGGAUGUACAGUGGCUGUGUAGUAUUUAAUGCAAGAAUUUCUCUAUGAAUUCUAUUUUGUACAUUUAUUAACACAUGAAGAGUAUAAUUACCUUAUUUACAGUGUUUUCUAAAAAAAAAAAAAUCAAUAAAGCUUUUCUGUUAAUUUCUCAAGCUUGUUGAUAUCCUUAAAUAUAAAAAUUGUAUUCAUGGACCAAACUGUUUAGGGGAGUUAC